UUGCAGCGCACUACUUUUCGGGUCUUGCCAGGGAUCGAGGAGGGAGGGGAUAUUUUAAUGGCCGUCAGUAGCACUACAUAAUGCAAAAAGUCCGGAUUAUCCACUAUAUUUAGGCUAUACUAGAUACGAGUGCGUUUUGGUCGCUUUUCUUUGAUAACGAGCAUUACUCUUGGGACAUAUUGCGGUUGGAGUUGUGUUUCUAGUGUUGUUUAAACGGACUUUACCCGCUUGAUCUGUGAGCGAGUGGAGAUCAGGCCUAGCCGGCUGGCUAACAAACAAGCAGACGUUAAGCUAGUCGUCGGAGUUGGAAGGGAAUAUGUAACAUAAAGCAACCAACAUGACAUCCAGAUUCGGUAAAACAUACAACCGCAAGGGAGGGGAGGCUAACUCUAAAUUUGACGAAGUCUUCUCCAAUAAAAAGCCCACGCUGACCACCAAAUGGGGGGAGACCACCUACAAGGCUCAGUUGGGGGCCAAAAGGCCUACUUUAAAACCGGAAGUUUCUGAGCUUUCCAAAAGGCCCAGGCUUGAUGACAGCGACAGUGACGAAGACCCAUUUGGGUUCGACAGUGAUGAUGAGUCCAAGACCCCUCACAGCGUGUCCCAGGCGGGAAUCAAUGAAGGGGCAUCGACUAAGACCACUGCAGUGCAGAGCGGUGGGACAGCCACUGUUGUUACUUCUGCACAGGGCUCUGCAAACUCAACAGCCAAGUUCACAACCAAGCAAAUGUCUGAAGAGAGUGCUGUUAAAAAUAACCAGCCCAGGUACAAAAGUACAUCAGAUAACCAAAAACCUGCAUGCAAGGCCUCCUUGUCAAACACAGUCCCCUCUGGUGAACAGAACUUGUCAGCGCCCCAGAGGCCAAUCUCCUCUGCUCCUAACAUAGUCACCUCCCUUAAACUGUCCAUUGAUGCACCAGGCGGUAGCAGAGACUUCCAGACCUCUUCCUCUUAUGCUGAAUUGCUGUCGGAAAAUAAGAAAAGUGCAGAGUUGGAGCCUCCCAAAGAGGCAGUGGACAGCCUUCCCCCUUCUCCAUUCACCCUAAGGGCCUCAAACUGCAAGAAAUACCUGCGACCCAACCAGUCUAAGAAAGCAUCCGUUGAACCUGCUGAAAACAGCAACAAGCCCACUGAAACAGGGAGUGCCCACGAUAAACCCAACAGUGCCCUUUCUGCUAGCGCAAGUAGUAGCGCUGCCAAUGCUAAACCAGCUGCCAAUGCUAAACCAGCAGCCAAGCCCACGGGCAGGGGAGGCGGGAGGGUACGGGACUACACGGUUCUGCACCCUUCCUGUCUCUCCGUGUGCAACGUCACCAUCCAGGACUCGAUUGAGCGGAGCAUUGACGAACUAGUCACCCCAGCUACCCCUGCUGACCUCGGAGAAGCAAGCCAGAUGAAGAAGAAGUCGGACGCGCCCGCAUCCAAAUCUACCAGGUUCAGACCCACCCAGACAAAGACCAAGAAGACCAAGACUGAGACCAAGCUAGCGUUUUUUGGCUUUGAGGACAAGGAGGACCAGGGGGGCGAGGAGGGUCCAGAAGGGGGCAUGGCGGGCAUGAGUAACUACAAGAUCAAGUACUUUGGCUUCGACGACCUGAGCGAGAGUGACAGCGAUGAGGAGAGCUCCCAGGCCAAAGAGAAGAAGGCCAAGAAGACGGCUGCAGCCUUAGCUGCUCUGAGCUCCGGUGUGGACAGCCCUCACACCAGUGACUCUCAGGACAGCCAGGCCAGCAGCAAUACAGAUACAUUUGACUUCGCUGAUGACUCCAGUCUUGGCGGUGCUGAGGGGCAGAAAGGACGCUCAGGAAAGUCAGGUGACAAAUCCAAGGACACUAGUAGUGGAUUCAAAAAGAUCUUCAGCGGACCCAAAAAGUCCCCUGCUAAAGCUGUGUACAACGCUCGCCACUGGAACCAACCAGAGCCUGAAGAGAAACCGGUGCCUCCACUUUCACGAGCUCAAACCGCUCCGGCCGUUUUGUCGAGCAGCAGCAAGGACAGCAACUCUCAUAAAGAUGACGGCUUGUUCAAAGCCCCUCCACCGCCGCCCAAAGUCAUCAAGUCAGAGACCCUCCCCACGCGACUCAACCAGGACAUCGUCACCGCGCUCAAAUGCAGGAAGGAGCACAAGGAGCUGUACACGGUGGUGCAGCAUGUGAAACACUUCAACGACGUCGUGGAGUUCGGAGAGAAUCAGGAGUUCACAGAUGAUUUUGAGUACCUGGAGACGGGGCUGAAGAGCAGCCAGCCACUCAACACGAGAUGCCUUAGUAUAAUCAGCCUGGCCACACGGUGCGCCAUGCCUGGUUUCAGGAUGCACCUGCGGGCCAGAGGGAAAGUGGCGCAGGUCUUCAAAAUGAUCAGUGAUUCUCCUCAACACCCGAACCUUGCUCUGUGCACGGCUGCGCUGAUGUACAUCCUGAGUCGGGAUCGUCUCAACAUGGAUCUGGACAGGGCCUGUCUGGAGCUUAUGAUCAAGCUGCUGGAGAUGGACCAGGACUGCUCAGCCGACCAGGAGCAGCUCACCGCUAAGGAGGUGGAAAAGGUCAAGGAGAAGAUCCGGAAGCUGUGUGAGACGGUGCACAACAAGCACCUCGACCUGGAAAACAUCACGACGGGCCACCUAGCCAUGGAGACAUUGCUCUCUCUCACCUCCAAGAGAGCAGGAGAUUGGUUCAAAGAAGAGCUGCGACUCCUGGGCGGCUUGGACCAUAUUGUAGACAAAGUUAAAGAGUAUGUGGAGAACCUGAGCCAAGAGGACGACAAGGAGAACCUGGUGGCAUCUUUGUGGGGGGCUGAGAGGUGUCUGAGAGUACUUGAGAGUGUGACAGUGCAGAACCCAGAGAACCAGGGUUACUUGAUUGCCUACAAAGAGUCACAACUCAUCGUGUCCUCUGCCAGAGCUUUGCGGUACUGCGAGGAUAUGAUUCAGCGCUACAGCAGGGCGUUGAACAACAGCUCUCUGUCAUUGUCGGGGGCGGCGCUGCCCCACUGCAGCUUCAGCAACGUGGGCAAGGCUGUGGAGGACUGCAUGAGGGCCAUCAUAGGAGUGCUGCUCAACCUUACCCACGACAAUGAGUGGGGUAGCACGAAGACAGGUGAGCAGGAACAGCUGACCGCAACUGCUCUAAAUUGCGUCCUCCGAGUUCCCCGCUACAUCCCCCAGGAGCAGCGCUUUGACGUGCGAGUGCUGGGUCUGGGUCUACUGAUCAAUCUUGUGGAGUACAGCUCCAGAAACCGCCACUGUCUGGUGGACAUGGAGUACAUAGUCGAUGACACCUGUCUGGAAGACAGCCUGAUGCAGCCUGCUGACCCAACACAGUCCGACACGGCGGCAGUACCGCCGAGCAUAGCUGAGACUCAGGGAGAAGCGGCUGUCAGGCCCAAGCCCUCCGGUGCUCUGGCUGCUCUGGUGCAGCUCUUCCUGGAGAGGGAGCGCGCUGCCAUCCUGGCUGAGGCGAAAACUGACGACCUCAUCAGCGAGGCGCCCAAACCGGCACUGGACCAAAGUGGCGAGUGGCAGGAGACGUCGGGAGAGAUCCAGUGGGUCGCAGCCGAACCCAACGACAGCCAAACCGAGAAGAAAGAGGAGGAGAAGAAAGAGGAGGAUGAUGAAGAGUUGGAUCUAAAUAAAGCUCUGCAGCAUGCAGGCAAGCAUAUGGAGGACAGCAUCGUUGCCUCUUACACCGCUCUGCUGCUGGGCUGCCUGUGCCAGGGAAGCCAGAAAAAUGUGACUACUGUGAGAGAGAAUCUACCGAAAGGGGAUUUCUCCAUCAUGACAGAAAUGCUGAAGAAGUUCCUGAGUUUCAUGAACCUCACUUGUGCGAUGGGCACCACGGGGCAGAAGUCCAUCACGCGGGCCAUCGACUACCUGGAGCACCUUUAACAGACGGCCGGAAGGGGAGCUCACACUCAUGCACAUUAAUGGGAUGCCAGGCUAUCCCGGAGGGAGGGGAGGGGAGGGGAGGGGGGGGGUCGCCGGAGACUCGGCCGCAUUCCUUUGACUUCACCAGUUCACCCGACACAGUGAAAAGUUUCACUCCGUCUCUGGAGCACAGACUGAACCAAAGCCCUGCUAGCUGACAGACAUGCAGUUCCCACUCCAUUAACGUCCCAUUCAGCGUCGGCUCGAGAUUCGUCAGAGGCUAGGAACGUCUUAACGUGAAGGUGGACUCUUCUUCAGACCUCUUCUUGGGACAGUUCCACAGUAACGGGCCCACUGAAGUGGAGUCUCCUGUCCUGCUGCCUGCUCUCGGUUCCUGCUCGCCUUAGCUGCAGUGUGAACCUCCUGAAUCAAAAUUUAAUGGAUCGUUACAUUUUAUUCGACACUCACCCGCAUCAACGCCACGGGUGAAAUCAUUGAUUAGCAUGAAAAACAAUCACUUUCAUGGCUGUUGGAAUGACGUCUCUGUGUCUAAACUCGUGUGGAAUGAUUUUGAACGCAUACAUCCAUUUAACUAAAUGUUUGCGGUUGGCUUGAAUGUUUUAAGGGAAUUCUUUUCGAUUUUUUAUCUUCUCAUUGUUUCCGUUAAUUUUGUAAAGUGCGAGUUAGCAAGUCGCCUGAGCGUUAUGUUUUUAGAUUUUUCUUUUUUCCUUUUGAGGCAUUUUUGUUCUCCCUCACCCAGAUUAUGAAUCAGUUUAACAGGAAUCAGGACCGCGCGUCAUGCUGGAUUUGAUAGGAUGUCCGUUAGUGACCGAUGAGGACACCUGGAGAUUAUUGUGAACUUCAGAUUUCCUUCCACCAAUUAUCAACUUCCUCACAUUUUACUUUAGCUUUAUUUAAAUUCCAAUCAAUUCAAGAGUAUGUAAGUACAGUAUGCAUUGAAACUCGCAGAUAUAACAAAUGUGAUCGAAAAAAUUGAUUGUUGUGCUUCCUUUUGAAUUUAUAAUGAAGUUAAUUUUUUUUUUUAGAAAUGUAUUUAAUUUAAUGUCUUCUGCUUUUGUAAAUGCAAAGUCUUUACCUAGUGAGACGCCAUGUUUUGUUAAGAUAUAUCCCAGGUGUCACAGCUCAGUGUAACAGACUUGGCUGAAUUAUGGUUUGAAAGCGCAAAAUUUCAUCAAAACUUUCCGCAUUUAAUAGAAAAUUUUUCUUGUCAUGUUAACCGAUGUGGAGUAUUUCCUCACGGCUUCUAGUUUCUGUACGUCCAGCCACCUUUUGUGUUACUCUCAUUGCAUCAUGGUGUCUGCGUUGGAAAACGUUCAUAAGCUCCCAUUUAUUUAUUCUUUUGGUGUCAUUUUACCUGUAAUGAUGCACAUGAACCUUCAAUACGCCUCUGUAAUGUGCUGCUCACGUGUACGACCACUGAUUUCUGUACACGCAGAUUUAGUUCUGGUGUGUAGGGCUGGGUGAGCACGGUCGCAACCGUGUUUACUGUUAAUUACUUUGCAAAGUUCUGGUCUGAAUGAAAUUUUAGACUGUAAAUACUCCUGUACAUAGCGGUUAAUGGACAUUUAAAAACAAAAAAAAAAUGCUUAGACUACUUUUUUCCCUGAAGCUGAUAUUUUUUAUUUUAUAUGAUAUUUCUGAGUUAUUUGGAAAAACAAAAAUCGACAGGAAGAGGAUAAAAAAAAAAAAUAUGUUUGUACCCGUUUCAAGGACAUUGUCUUUGGUCACAUGUAAAUAGUUGUAUCUCCAAAAAGAAAAGAAAAAAAAAAAAAGUUGCUACUUUCAGUACACCCCCCUCUGUUUUCUUCCUUGAGUUGUUUAAACAGGAAUGGUUCUUUUUGCCGUUUGGUUGAAUGUUUUGAAGCAUUUAGUGCUGCAGG